UGGUGCGCAGUGUGCACUGAUACGCACGGCUGUGGUGCGCAGUCUGCUCUGAUACGCAGGCCGUGGUGCGCAAUCUGUAUUUUGUGCACCCUGAACUUCUAGAACCUCAACAUUUCUCUGUUAAAAAAAGCUAGCACUCAUUUAAAUGCAUAAGCAGAUUCCUUCAUUCUAACGUCCAUGUUCAUUGUCUCAGUUAAAUACCAUAUGUUCAACAGAUACUCAGUUGAUCACGUUUCUAAGAUCACGUUAGCUUGUCAUAAAUUUAUACAUGGAUCGUGUUGAUGACGUCACUAUCGCCAGCCAAUCAACGAACAGAUAUCCGCCACAAGAUCGUGUUGAGAACAUGUCGACGGAGCUGCUGUCAACAGUCGAGGCUGCUGUGGGCGCUGAUGUGGCGGUUCACAACCUCCGGUCCCGAAAACUUACUGAACCUGGCGACAAUUUCGCCACAGAGGUCGUCUGUGUUGAAGCCGAGGUUACGGUGAGUGUUGAAAGCGCAUUGUGCUCAAGCCAUUGUGUUGAAAGCACGUUAUGUUCAAGCCAUUUGCCUGGGGACGAAGAAACGACUUCUUCUGGCGACGAUGAUGAUCUGUUCGAAGAGACGCCCACGAAUGGGCCAAGAACCAGCAGCGACUGUCACUCAGAACUUCCGACUGUGCAUAUCAGUUCUAAAUUAAACGAGUGUAGGCUUCAGAAACAAAUCAAUGAGAAAAUGAAUGUGCGCUCGAUUGUCAACGAAAACGCCAACAAAUGUUUCAUGGGGUUUCCUUAUCAUACAAAAAACAAGUGCCUCAAUUCUAAAAAACGAAAAAACACUCGAGCCUCUGGUCGUCGACAUUUUUCCUGUGUUGCAAAACUCAACUCGAAAAAGAAUUGCGAUUUUUUCAAAAUUUUCAGCAAAUUCGCCUUCGAGAACGAAGUAUUCUUCUACACUGAAAUCCUUCCAGUCAUAAAUUCCGAGCUAACUAAAGCAUCGAGCUCUGACCUCUCAGUUCCCAUGUAUUUAAAUUCUUCACUGAAGCCCAACGACGAAGUUCUUUUGAUGGAGGACAUCAGGCAGUCACAUUUCAGAAUGCUGGACAAGAAGGUCGGACUAGACACCCCUCGUCUGUGCUUGGUCAUAAAAGAGCUUGCUAAACUGCACGCGUCGUCGCAUAUUUUACUUACAAGAUACAAAUCUUCCAUCAAUAACAAUGCGUCAACACAGAUUUCUACCACUUCUGGCACACAAGAUAAAGAAAACAAUUUGGCUAGUGACCCUAACCAGCGAUUAACAGGAUUAGCUGAAACGGGAUCACAAGCCAACAGCGUCUUACUCUCCAAUCGAAACGGAGAAGAUACUCGCCAAAACCAAGUGUAUUCUUUGUCUGAAAAAGUUUACCGGUAUUUAUCUAGUCCUAGUUACAUAAGUGCGCAAGGUCCAGUGUUCAAGAUACUAGUUGGUCUAGUGAAGAAGAGGAUCGUGACCGCUCUAGAUGUCCUAGAGAACGAGUCUGACGUGACGGCAGCGAAGCAGUGGCUUACCAGGACCUUGGCUGACGUCCCGGCGCUCCUGCUGACGAUGCUCGGCAAUUGUCAGGCCGAGUUCCUAGUGCUCUGCCAUGGUGACCUCUGGACCAACAACUUCAUGUUCACGUAAUUUUUCGGAUCAUCAAUUUCAUGUUCACAUAAUUAUUCGGAUCAUCAAUUUCAUGUUCACUUAAUUGUCUGCAUUAUAAAUUUCUUACUCGCGCAAUUGUUUGAACCAAAAAUUUUAUGUUCACUUGGCUGUUUGGACUAACAAAUUCACGUUUGGUAAUUAUUUGCACUGACAAUUUAAUACAUAGUAAUGCGAACUUUAUUACGAGUUUCAUGUUCAGCUGCUGAUUGGUAAACCCGUCAAUUACACUGCAUUGCUAAAGAUUAUCAUCAAAGCUUGAGUUAAGAAGAAAAUAAUUUUAAGGCUAGCAUGAUACGGGGCUUUAUUAUUUGGUAGUAUUCCUUAACUUAUCAAAGCCACAUAAAAUAUUUGUGUUCUAUGGGCUUCAUCCGUUGAUAUUUUGAGAGCUAGCUGGCUUACUGUCAUUCCUUUUGGAUGACCAACAUGGCAUGUGCUGCCGUGCAUCUCUUAAUGUUAUUAGCCUUCGCUACACACACACGUAGUCUGUUAACAUACUUCCUGAAAGUUAGCUUACAUACAACUAAUAGUUGACAUAUUUUCGGAAAUUGCAAACUAGUACUGCUGCUUUAUUAGAUUAGGAAAGUUCAAUUUGUCAGCAAAACCGAGUACUUCAUCUGAUUAGCAGUUCAAUUAAUCAGCACAAUCCUAUGCUUCACCUAAUAAGCACA